AUGGAUCCUCAAAUAGCGAUGCAAGACUGGCAUCAGUCCCUCGGCAUCCUGGACGAUGUGGGACUACUGUCCUUUCAAAACAACGUCCUAGACAACCCUCCCAUUCCAACCCGAGCAGGCCUAUACAUCUGCCUCAAUGCCAUGCUUCAUGACAGACCAUCCUUUGACGACAAUACAGUCAUAGAUUUCCUCAACGUUCGAUACAAAGGCGACGUUUCCAGCCUUGCUACGGAUUUGAUUUUGGCUUCUUUCGAUGUAUUAGCAAAUGCCAUGUACCGCAACGAGUCUACACGAUCCAUCAAUAUUUUGAGGUCUUUCCUCGUAAACAAAUUACCAGUUUUCCUCCAGCGAAGUUAUGCUCCUUUGAUCUUUGAGCCUAUGACAGUUGAACAUUGCAUACGGCAGGCUCUCGUACGCGUGGAUCCUGCCGCAUUUCCCUCGUUUGCUCAGAUGUUCGAUCCAUUGGAGAGAAACAGCCUUCUUUCUGAAGCACGUCAAGAGUUCUUAUUUGCAUGUGCAUUGCAUCAGUUGAUUCCUGAGCGGAUCAUUGAAGAGAUCUUGGGGGAUGUCCCGAUGCAAAGCCUGCCAGCCUCAGGCAGGUAUUCCAAGGAGGACCUUGUGAGUCAAUGUACUACGAAUUCAGCCAAAAUAGAUGAGUACAUUGGCGAGCUGGAAAACAUGGAAGGAAAUGCAGGAGAGAUUGCUAGCGCGCUCAUCGAGAUUUUGCACGCUCUUUGCGCCAACAAUGAUACGAUGACCUUGAAGGCUGUCUGCAAUGCUUUAUGCCGCAGACCGACGGCUCUGGAUGUCAUCAUGCUAUUUACAAGUUCUAACCAUCUACUACAACCACUCUGUAGCACGCUGGACAAAUGGCAAGACCACGAAGACCAAGGCGAGUACCAGCCUGUAUACGACGAGUUUGGCAGCAUCCUCCUCUUUGUUGUCCUCGUUCAGCACCGUUUCGGCAUGCAACCUGACGAGCUUGGUGUCGAAGGCUCGGAUUCUUUUGUCCUCAAGUACAUCAAACACGGUUCCGUCAGCAGGUCCAUUGACGACCUGUCAGAACAUGAAAAUCAGCUUCUGGGUGGUUGGAUCAGGGGUCUCUUCGAGACCGAAGGCAUCAGCGACGAGCUGAUGUCAAUGUGCAAGCCCCAAGAAUUUCAUUUACUAGUCACUACGCUUUUCGAGCAAAGCAUGAAGGCUUGUCAAGCGAACGUCCUUGCCCUCGAAACGCUGCGAGGCGGAUUCGAGUAUUUGCUUGAACCGUUCUUGCUCCCUUCUCUCAUCGCCGGUUUCACAUGGUUUACCAACUGCUUAUGGGAGACUAACGAUGACUCUAAGCACAUCGACACUGUUCUGCCCGCGCUCCAAACCCUUCUGAAGCCUCCCUCAAUGUCUCACGACUCCUCAACAAUCCACAACGCCGUUCUCUCCGUCGUUGCGAAACCCCUGUCCGAUUCCCUCAGCCAUGUGCAACGACAGUACGCCUCACGCCCAGACAUCACUCCUCUCCUUCAAGUCCUCAAUGAACACUCGCAGGAGCGCCAAGGAACAACCGCCCUCAACGAACUGGCCUCCUGGUCAACCACCCAAAACGGAGGUCUGUUAGCGGCUCUACGGCAGACGAUACGGUCUCUAAUCCCAUGGAGCGCGACCUCAACAGAAGGUUCACCUCCCUCCUAUACCCAUCGUCAACUCUCAGACACCCUGCGCAUACUAGGCGCUCAAUCCGUCCUGCGCCUCCUUAUCGACGAAGCUACCGAGCAAGCAAAUUCAGACGUAGUCCUCGACAUAAUCACCAUCAUGAUCCUCACAACCUCCCACUCCACCCUCCAGCCCACCACCUCCAAGCGUCAACUCACCCUCCGCGAUGUUCUCCAAACAGAGUCCCAGUCCGUCGACGAGCUGGCCCGGACGGACGCCCCUCGAGCCAGCACCAUCGUUCGGCUCCACCGGCGCGUAGAAGCGUUGGCUGCGCCCAAGGCCGAGGUCGGAGGCACGGAGAAUGGCUUCAUGGCCGGGGUGGUGCGGAACGGGGAGCCGGCCGCAGACAUCGACGAUGUGUUGGGCGAGGCGGAGAAGGAUAUGGCUACGGCGCAGGGGUAUCUAGACAGCGGAAAUGCUACCUUGUUGGGAUUGGCUUGA